UCGAGGGGAAGGUUCUAGAAAAGCGGCGGCAGCGGCCCUAGCGGCAGUAGCAGCAGCGCCGGGUCCUGUGUGGAGGUGCUCCUUGCGGUGUUGUUUCUCGAGCAGUGGCAGUUUUCACUACAACGCCAGGACGAGUCCGGCUCGCGUUCGUCCGCGGAGAUCUCUCUCAUCUCGCUCGGCUGCGGGAAAUCGGGCUGAAGCGACUGAGUCCGCGAUGGAGAAAACUUUAGAAACUGUUCCUUUGGAGAGGAAAAAGAGAGAAAAGGAACAGUUCCGUAAACUCUUUAUUGGUGGCUUAAGCUUUGAAACAACAGAAGAAAGUUUGAGGAACUACUAUGAGCAAUGGGGCAAACUUACAGACUGUGUGGUAAUGAGAGAUCCUGCAAGCAAAAGAUCAAGAGGAUUUGGUUUUGUAACUUUCUCAUCCAUGGCUGAGGUUGAUGCUGCCAUGGCUGCAAGACCUCAUUCAAUUGAUGGGAGAGUGGUUGAGCCAAAACGUGCUGUAGCAAGAGAGGAGUCUGGAAAACCAGGGGCUCAUGUAACUGUGAAGAAACUGUUUGUUGGUGGAAUUAAAGAAGAUACUGAGGAGCAUCACCUUAGAGAUUACUUUGAGGAGUAUGGAAAAAUUGAUACUAUUGAGAUAAUUACUGAUAGGCAGUCUGGAAAGAAAAGAGGCUUUGGCUUUGUUACUUUUGAUGACCAUGAUCCUGUGGAUAAAAUCGUAUUGCAGAAAUACCAUACCAUCAAUGGCCAUAAUGCAGAAGUAAGAAAGGCUUUGUCUAGACAAGAAAUGCAGGAAGUUCAGAGUUCUAGGAGUGGAAGAGGAGGCAACUUUGGUUUUGGAGAUUCACGUGGUGGUGGUGGAAAUUUUGGACCAGGACCAGGAAGUAACUUUAGAGGAGGAUCUGAUGGAUAUGGAAGUGGACGUGGAUUUGGGGAUGGCUAUAAUGGGUAUGGAGGAGGACCUGGAGGUGGCAAUUUUGGAGGUAGCCCUGGUUAUGGAGGAGGAAGAGGAGGAUAUGGUGGUGGAGGACCUGGAUAUGGCAACCAGGGUGGGGGCUACGGAGGUGGUUAUGACAACUAUGGAGGAGGAAAUUAUGGUAGUGGAAAUUACAAUGAUUUUGGAAAUUAUAACCAGCAACCUUCUAACUAUGGUCCAAUGAAGAGUGGAAACUUUGGUGGUAGCAGGAACAUGGGUGGACCAUAUGGUGGAGGAAACUAUGGUCCAGGAGGCAGUGGAGGAAGUGGGGGUUAUGGUGGGAGGAGCCGAUAUUGAGCUUCUUCCAAUUUGCCAUGGGCUUCACUGUAUAAAUAGGAGAGGAUGAGAGCCCAGAGGUAACAGAACAGCUUCAGGUUAUCGAAAUAACAAUGUUAAGGAAACUCUUAUCUCAGUCAUGCAUAAAUAUGCAGUGAUAUGGCAGAAGACACCAGAGCAGAUGCAGAGAGCCAUUUUGUGAAUGGAUUGGAUUAUUUAAUAACAUUACCUUACUGUGGAGGAAGGAUUGUAAAAAAAAAAAUGCCUUUGAGACAGUUUCUUAGCUUUUUAAUUGUUGUUUCUUUCUAGUGGUCUUUGUAAGAGUGUAGAAGCAUUCCUUCUUUGAUAAUGUUAAAUUUGUAAGUUUCAGGUGACAUGUGAAACCUUUUUUAAGAUUUUUCUCAAAGUUUUGAAAAGCUAUUAGCCAGGAUCAUGGUGUAAUAAGACAUAACGUUUUCCUUUAAAAAAAUUUAAGUGCGUGUGUAGAGUUAAGAAGCUGUUGUACAUUUAUGAUUUAAUAAAAUAAUUCUAAAGGAAA